AUGGCACUGAAGGGCCAAGGUGUUUUUGCGACUCACGACAUCGCCAAAGGCCUGCGCAUCGCUGAGGAUCCGGCCAUGAUGAUGUUCGACACGCGCGAGGAUGCCGCCUCGGAUGCGCAUGAGCUAUUCGCCGCACUAUCCCUCCUAGACAAGCAAAUGUUCACUCGCAUGUUUACCACAACUAUGUUUAAUACACGUUAUUAA